CCCCGUAAUAGAUACAUAGUAGAAAAUUUUGAAAUCCAUCCCUAUCCCUGUAAGCACACCGUUCGUGGGUUCAAACCAGACUACACUCAUGGGAAAUUCCGAGUUUUUGAAAUGAAUUUGGAGCAGUGUUCAAGAGACCAUUUUGCAAUGAAUUCCUGGAUUUUUGCUUUGACCGAUUUGUGGUCGGGUUAUGGUCGUCCGCAAUGGACCAUAAUAUUGAUGAUGCUUUAAGAUGUGUCAUUGGUGAUUAUUCUAGAAACAAGUUGGCUUUUUUUUGGAGUCAAAUGCAAUGCAGAGAUUCUGGAUAUGGUUGUCCUGGAAGAAAGGCAAAACCCGUAUAUCUUAAACGUUUGAAAGAUCUUUGGGACAAGAGACCUGGCUGUCAUAAUAGAUUUCCAUGGGAAAAAGGGCAAUAUUCAGCUUCUAAUACUUUGUUGAUUGAUACUGAACCUCAUGUAUCUCUUCUGAACCCGGUUAAUACGGCUAUAUUCCCGGAACCGUUCAAAAACCCCAAUCCUGAAGAUGCAUAUUUAGGUGUGCUAAGUUUUGAUUACUAUAAAAACUGAAGUUCAUGUGCUUAUUGCUCGAGUCUUAGUAUUGAGUAAAUGAGUAGUCUUGGUAUAUCUUAGGAAUUAUAUGUAGUUUUGGUUUAGAUUUAUGAUGUGAGAUUUAUCCACCAUUGUAACAUUCCUUAGGGCCAAAUGGUGAGUUGCAGAGGUUUUUGGAGGGUCUUUCCAGUGGAGAUAUUGAUGUUCCUACUUAUGUGAAAGAGCAUCGCAUCGGGAGGCCUCCUAUAACCCCGUCACAUCCCAACUGGGCCUUCUAUCAGAAGGUCGUUCAUCGUUAUCGCUCUAAUAGUAAUACGGAGUAAUAAAUAACAUAAAAGUUGCUGCACAGAAAUGCUAGUACUAGUAACUUUGAAUAUUAAGUUGCUGAGGUCUAAUGCCUUCAUUAUAAUUGUUCUAUGAAGAGUUUUGGAUGUCAAUGAAUGAAUGCAUUUGAAUGAAGUAUGCUUAUUCUAUGCGUAGUGUGUAUGGG